UGGGGACUCGUCGAAGCUAGCACGAGACACGAAAGACACAGGACUUCAGCCGAUCCUGCCCCGCCUACCCAGCUUCACGCAGUUUUAACAUCUGUCUUGAUCCCCACCACAGUUGAAGCAAGUGUGUUUGUUUUUUUUUAGUAUAGUAUAAAGUUUUAGUUGAUUAUUCCCACUGACAUUUUUUGAGUAUAAUUGUGACUGUUCAUAUCUCAUUAAUUUUAAGAGUACUAGUGCCAUUAUUAAGACUAGGUCUGUGUAUAUUUGUUUAGCUUAGGUGUAACAAAAUGUAUAUAUUUAGGUAAUAUUAUAAUUAUGAUUUUUACUUUUUUUGUGUGAACCAUCAUAAGUCACCUCAUAAAUGCACAACAAAUUAUAAAGUCUUAAGUACUGUCGUAAAUAAUAGUAUUGAAUUUUAAGCAGUUGUUAAGUAUUCAUUAUUUGUAGGCCUACAUGGUUUUUUUUCCCCUCUGCUGAUCAGUAUGAAAAUAUUAAUAAAAGUGUUAAUGUUUUGCCUUCAAAUAGUGUCCUUCUUCUAUGAUAUAGGCUACCUACAUAAACUCUGGAAAUAUUCCAAAGUUUAACUAAUAACAGAAUUUGAUUCCUGUAGCUGACAUACAUACUCACCAUUGUUUAUAACCAUUCAUAUGAAGAUUCAAUUCAAUUUUACAUUUUUGAAAUCAAAUUAAAAAAAUAUUUAGGUAAAUGGUUACAGAUACAAAGUUUUUAAAAAAAAUAUUUUCUAUAAAUUACUUUAGUAGGCCUAUCUUCUAUUUAAAAGUAUUAAUUAAUUAAUUAUUGUAUAACAAUGAAUGACAAAGUCUAAUAGAUCUCUUUCUAAUUAUUUAAUUUUUCUUUUUGACAGGAUGGUCAGUUAGCACAAAAGGUGAAAUAGAAUGGAGUCAACACUCCAAUACACAUCAGUCAGCCAUGCCGACUCAAUGAUGGACAUGAUCAACAAGAUGAGGCGGAGCUCUGACUUUUGUGAUGUCACAGUAGUGGUUGGCAAUUUUCGUAUAAUGGCUCACAGAAUUAUUCUGUCUGCUUCUGCCCCAUUUUUUUAUGAGGUAAUGCUAUAGAUGUAUAUAAAAACACAGACAAAGGAAAAGUUAUGUUUGGGUAUAUACAGCACACACUUUAAAAUCAGUGAAAUGACAAAUAUGUUGUGGGUUACACAAGAAAUAUUUUUUUCUGGACUUAAUGUAAACCGAUUAUCAGAUGCCAUGCACUAAAGUUUCAACAGAAAAUAAAAAUCUAGGUAAAUGACUUAAAUAUAAAGACAAUUUUUCUAAAAAUUUCAUUAAAAAAAAAAGUAUUUUGUCUAAAAAAAAGAGGAUAGAUAUAAAUAGGUGUAUCAAAGCCUGAAUUUGUUUCCUAAGCUUGUCACCUAUAACAACAUACAUUUUGUUUUAAAACAUUUGUUGUUAGUUGUUGUUUUGCAAUUAUUAAUGUCAUACAAAUUAUUUUUUUCUAGAUGGGAUUUACUUAUUUUUUACAUUUAAGAUAAAUUUUGCCUACUUUUGUUCUAUAAUUUUGACUACUGAUAAAAAUAAUAUAUAUUUGUCACCAGCUCUUCAAGCCAUGUCAGCUUCCCUCAUCUAUCCCAGAGUUCCACCUUGAUGAUGUCGAUGAAACCGCAGCUCUGAAAAUCAUAGAAUUCUGCUACACGUCUGCGCUCUCCUUGGAUGAAGACACCGUCUGGCCACUGAUGGUUGCCGCAACGAAGCUUGACUUUUCAGAAAUCACAGCUUUGUGCUGCGAUUUCCUGACAUCAUCACUUGACCUCUCGACCUGCAUCAGCAUCCACCUGCUGGCCCACAAGCACAGCAUCCCCAAGCUGCUGGCAAACACAAAACAGUUUAUAUCUGAAAAUGUUGAACAGGUCAGUCUGUGCGAAGCCUGUUAGGUAACUAAGAGAAGCAGCUGUAAUGGGAUAAAGAAACCUGCAGUGGUUCAUCCAUUAGUUUUGGGACCUGCAUAUGUAAAAAAUUCUGUUUAGGAGACUUAUAUUUUCUCUGUCACUUAAGAAUUUCUUUAAAACUCUUUGAAAACUUUACUUAUUACAUACUGUUGAAUUUUCACCUUUAACUGAGUAGUCCCAUGGAUAAAUUCAAUUAUUUCAAUGCUUUAAAGAUUAAGAUAUUUUCUUUGGUAGCAAUACAUUAUUCCAGUUAAUGCUUUCUUAAAGAACUUUAAUGUCUUGUAUUGUUUCUUACCAAUGGUGAUUAAAGAGAGAUAACUGAAAGGUUAUAAACUGUGGUUCUUUGUUUCAUUUUUUUUUUAAAUAAAAAAAAUUGAAAAAUUAAACGUCUGCGUAAUUUCUGAUUCAUUAUUGAGAAAACAUAAAAACGUUAAAUCGUGUCCCUGUGGUGACAUAUUUUAAGCAGUGCAUUCUUAGAUUUAAUUCUUUUUUUAAAAUUACUACUAGGACCCAUCAUUAAUCUAACAUUGCUAACAGAUGUUUCAAUGAUAUACAUUACAGUUAUGUGAGCACCAUUCCCUGCGCUGUCUGGCAUCAGAUGGUAUCAUUGAGCUCAUCACAAGCCUACGAGACCUGCUGUGCUCGGACUCAGAGCUGCUCCUGCUUGCAAAGCCCUGGCUUGAGCACAACACGGAGCACAGGAAACAGGUGUCUCUCAAGGUGAAUGGAAUAACAAUGAAAGAAACCUGAUUGGUCGAGCUGUCCUUAGAGAAACUAGAUUAUGUAAACAAAAACUGCUCUGUUGCACAAUGGUAACAUGAUUGGCUCAUAACCAGCAGGUAACCGGUACAAUGUUGUACGGGGUAUAGCUUAAGGGGUAUAAGCAGUGUGGGAUUCACUAUACCCUAAACAGUAUGGGAUUCACUAUACCCUAAGCAGUGUAGGAUUCACUAUACCCUAAGCAGUGUGGGAUUCACUAUACCCUAAGCAGUGUGGGAUUCACUAUACCCUAAGCAGUGUGGGAUUCACUAUACCCUAAGCAGUGUGGGAUUCACUAUACCCAAAGCAGUGUGGGAUUGACUAUACCCUAACCCCCACCAAGGAAGCUAUUUUCGGGGAGGGAAAGCGUUAGUAGAAAACCUCAACAAGGACGCUGACCAGGACAAAAACGAAAUGGUGUGAAGAAAUAGUGGCUAAAGCAUGUUACUGGGCCAAAUUCUGUAACCUUCCUAAAAAAUAAUACAGCUUCCAAAUCAUCCAGAUGAGGGGAACAAUUUUUUUUUAAACUGUAUUUCCUUUAAUUUUAGAGAUGAAGUUCAGUACGCAGCUAAAGACUAAAAGGUUUUCAAAUCUGUCCUGGUAUUUACCUAUUAUAUAAAUGUGCUAAAUAUGUGAAAUAAAGUAUGGGGGAAACCUGAAAAAAGGACCUAAACAAAACAAGAAAUGUGUCAUCAAAAAGCUUUCUUCAGCGAGCAAAAUACGAGUAACACAAAUAUAAAAAAAUAGAAUAAACAUUUAGCCGAAAUGUAGUAUGAGAGAGGGCAGCAAGAAGAGUGUAAUGGACCAUUAAAAGGUAAGAGUGUUAAUAUAGGUAAUAGGAAGAGAUGAAAAGUAAGUCCAUGGAGAAAUGGUUGUAAAAAGGAAGGGAUUGGGGGUGGGGGGGGGUUUGUGCAAUAUAUGACUAUAUAUAGCACUAUAUAAAUGUGUUGAGAAUUUUAAAAUAAAAAAUUUAUUGAUAUGAGCUUUGAUUGAAUAGUUUUACAGCUUAACAACAAUGUGGCAGAGUUCAAAUAAUAACCUCCCUGUUUUAAUCAUAAUCAAAGAAAGAAAGAUAUAAUUUUCUGUUAAAAAUAAAUCCUGUGUGAUACAAGAGCAAAUUUAACACUCAUUAUCAUUCACCUAGAGCAGUGUUGCUCAAUCUAUUUUGGUUGUGGUUUACUUAAUUUUAUUGUUUCCUUUACCUCUGUAACCCAAUUUCUCUCUUUCUAAUAUAGAAAUCUGCUCUUUUCAUAGUUUCAUGCUUAAAGUCAUUCAUUUGUAGCCCACAAAGAAUAUGCUGUGUCCACCGGGGGGGGGGGGGGGGGGAAGAGGGGGGUGGGGGGAGGACAGAAUGGCAAACACUGAGAAACUCUGACCUUCAGCACAUCCCAGGGUGGACUCAUGAGUAUUUUAAAGCAUGGUUCAGAGGAUUUGAUUAGGAAAAAAAAAAAGUUCAUAUGACAUUUAUAAGAGCAUUGUAUCUACACCUAUCAUAAUUGUAAUGUUGUACAAUCAUUAUUUUCAGCUGAGUCAGGAAAUACCAACAUUUUCAAAAAAACUUCAAGAAUAUCUAGCACAUCGAAUACCCAGCAGUGACCAGGAAAAAAUACCAGCAGUUGAGAAUGGUGAGUAGUUAACCAGCCACAUGCACAAAUAUUGCUUUUUUAACCUUACUCUUGUUAUUGCUGUGUGCCGAGUGUUUAUUCUUUGAAUGUGCCAUUGGGCCUAGCACUAGGCUAGAGAUUCUAUUAUUCUAAUUUGUCUCCCAUUUGGUCAAGAUUGGAGCGUAAUAUUAUCAGGGACACAUGAAAAUCCUUAUAAAUAGUCUAGUGAUAAAGCUGUAGCCAUAUUUAGCCAUGAUUUUAGUGCAGGUUUUAAAAAAAAUAUUAUGUUAAAAGAAAUUUUUUUUUUUGCUCGUGGUGCAGUUUUUUGUUAUUGUUUUUCUUGCCACCUUCCCUCAAAUUUAAAAUAUCAAUGUGUAAGGGUGACAAAAAAUGGUCUAGAAUGAAAGCAGAGCAGAAUGCGAAGCAAAAUUUCUAGCCAGUGGUAAAGGGAAGUGUUUAAGUGAAGUAUUGAAGUGAAGUGUUAGAGAAAAGUGUUAAAGUGAAGCAUUAAAGUGAAGUGUUAAAGUGAAGUUUUAAAAGGAAAGUGUUCAGGUGUGAAGUGUUUGAACUCAGAAAAUGAUAAGUAAAACUGCUUGGAGUUUUCCUUGGAGUUCAAUGUGCAGAUCAGCAGGCAGGCUGUGUCAGGAUGUGUUUCUUAUUCACAGGCUAAUCUAGGCUGGAACAUUUCUAUAUUGUCAGAUGUGCACAGUCAUUUGUUAAAAUUUUUUGCAAUUGAAGCUGACACUUGCUAACCUGUUUUGCUCUUUCACAUUGGAGACACUUGCUAACCCGUUUUGCUCUUUCACAUUGGAAGCUUUCCGUUAUGUUCUACUUUUUCUCAUUUCAUUUAAGAUCUUCAAACAGAAAAAACAAAUAUUUUUUUUUAAUGUGGGAAAUCAGUGAUUAAUUGUUGCCCACAUCAUCAAAGUAACCCCUGCAUGGACUCCUUUAGCCCAAUACAUUGUGCCAGGAUUCUUUAAGACACGAUGAUAGUUAUUAGCAGCUUCUGGAAGCAAAUAUAUAUAUAUAUAUAUAUAUAUAUAUAUCUCAGUUGAGAAGUCUUAUUAUUCUUUUGAUAUGUGUACAUUUUAAUUUUUUUUAUUUUUGGUGUAAUAAACGAAGAUUGUAACCCCUGACCCCCUGCUUCAAGAGUCCGCCCUGCCAAUGAUUCACUCACCCGGUAUGGGAUUGUUGGCUCGCAAACUUCACAAAGGGGGGCAGUGUUUCCUGAACACUUAAGAGUGGUCCUCCCCAAGUGGAUGUUUGUCUCCCUUUACUUCAAGUGGUCCUCUCUCUCUCUCGUCCACAAGUGCGUGCGUCUCUCUGCUAGUCAUCCUCCCUCUGUAACCUCAUGUACUACAUUUUUACACACUGCCCCCCCUCCCCCUCCCCACCCCACAGGCACACAAACACACACUCAGUUAUCUUAUAUUGGUGUUCACCUUUAGUUAAGGGUGUCAGAAUCUGUGUCACAAUAUUGGGUGUUAGCUUCAUUAGCAUUAACACCACCCCCCCCCCUCCCCAACCCCCAGAAAAAAAAUAGUUUGUUGUUCAUUUUUACUGCUUCAAUAUUAAUACAAUAAUUCAUUCGUCAUGGUUGAAAAAUCGUGGUAAUCCAACUUUUUAGAAAUCAUUUUUAAAUGAAACAUAAUUCAGAGGUUAUCCCCACAUUCAUGGUGGCCUCUGUCAGUGUGACAAUGAUGAGGUUUGCAUGUUAUGUUCAGUGCAGUAAGGCAGGUGGUUGGUGCAUGUUAUGUUCAGUGCAGUAAGGCAGGUGGUUGGUGCAUGUUAUGUUCAGUGCAGUAAGGCAGGUGGUUGGUGCAUGUUAUGUUCAGUGCAGUAAGGCAGGUGGUUGGUGCAUGUUAUGUUCAGUGCAGUAAGGCAGGUGGUUGGUGCAUGUUAUGUUCAGUGCAGUAAGGCAGGUGGUUGGUGCAUGUUAUGUUCAGUGCAGUAAGGCAGGUGGUUGGUGCAUGUUAUGUUCAGUGCAGUAAGGCAGGUGGUUGGUGCAUGUUAUGUUCAGUGCAGUAAGGCAGGUGGUUGGUGCAUGUUAUGUUCAGUGCAGUAAGGCAGGUGGUUGGUGCAUGUUAUGUUCAGUGCAGUAAGGCAGGUGGUUGGUGCAUGUUAUGUUCAGUGCAGUAAGGCAGGUGGUUGGUGCAUGUUAUGUUCAGUGCAGUAAGGCAGGUGGUUGGUGCAUGUUCUGAUCAGUGCAGUAAGGCAGGUGGUUGGCACAUGAUCUAUUUAGUGCAGUAGGGCAGGUUAUUGGUAUGAAGGAGUCUGAAUUCAGAACUGUUUUGAAACUUCCAAAUUUUCAUAUUCGUAAAAAAAAAAUCCGGAUUUAAUAUGAUUAUUUGAAAAAUAAAUUAAUCCUUUGGGAUUUUAUUAACAUUUUUGGCGUGCUGUAGAGGACAUACUGACUCCGUGUUAUAGAGGACAUACUGACUCCAUGCUGUAGAGGGCAUACUGAUCCAUGCUGUAGAGGACGUACUGAAUCCAUGCUGUAGAGGACAUACCAACUCCAUUAUUUAGAGGACAUACCAACUCCAUGCUAUAGAGGACAUACUGACUCCAUGCUGUAGAUGACAUACUGACUCUGUGCUGGAGAGGAUAUACAGAUUCCAUGCUGUAGAGGAUAUACUAGCUACUUGCUGUAGAGGAUAUACUGGCUACUUGCUGUAGAGGAUAUACUGACACCAUUUCUAAGAUUAAAACACUUUUAGAAAAACAUUAAGUGAAAGUUUCUGAUAUCCGCCUCAGAUCCCCUGUUGCUACUAACCUUCUACUACCUACUAACCUUCUACUACCUACUAACCUUCUACUACGUACACAGUUCUCAUCGUAUAAUAAAAACCUUCUGUUGCCCUCUUACUUUAUUUCAUUUGUUUAUUCAGUUUUUUUUUUUUAACACAUUACGAUUCCAGUUAAUCUCAAACCCAAGAUUUUUAAAUUUCAUGAGAUGCCACUCAUGGCUGGGUGCCCAGCUGACUAAACUGAGUCAAUCGCAAUCAUGCGGACAUGAGUUCAAUCCCCAAGUGGAUGGGAUCAUUUAAACAUGAAUCUAAGAGAAGACAGACUUUAAAAUCAAACCCUGAGAUGGAUUCCCAUAGGCGUUACGACAUUGACACAAUGAAAAUUACAACUAAUCCUGCCAUGUGGAAUGCAUAAAGAGCAACGUGAGACACAAUGAACACUGCUUGUCAUCUAAUGAAUCCUGAUUCUUUUCCACUCGCCUUGACUAAUCUUGCCAUUGGAUCAAAUAGGCAAAGACGAGAGAGUAAUAGACCUGUUUACUCUUACGAUUUUGGUGUACAAUGUACGAUUUUGAGGUGUAUACAUUAUAUAUACUCAAUGUUUAUUAUUUUACUAUUAAGAUAAUGAAUUGAACGAUUUUGUGAUGAUAUUGUACGAUUGUAAGAGUUUGAGGGUAAACGGGUCUGGUGUAAGGCUGACAAAUUGAGCAACUCUCCACCACUUGGAACAAAAUACAGCUCAAGUCAAGGCUACCACUCAAGUCAAAGACUUCGUCAUCUUUGCGUUGUGAAUAACGAACAAUAAUAAUAAAUAACAUUAGUUAUUUGUUGUUUUUUUCUCUGUUGUUCAUUAUCUGUUCCUUUUGCUGCUGAUUAAGUUCACCGGCCGAAACGUCUGCUGUUUUGUCUCAUCUUUUUUUGGGUUCUCCUCUUCCUUGUGUGCUGUAUUUCUUAUUUCAGCUAACUGAACAAAAUCCUUCCAAUAUUGGUCUAAAGACCGAAGCCCACCCAAAAUUGGUCUAAAUACAGCAGUCCUCCCUAUAUCGGUGUAAAGACACAGUCCUCCCUAUAUUAGUCUAAAGACAGCAGUCCUCCCUAUAUCGCUGUAAAGACAGCAGAACUCCCUAUAUUAGUCUAAAGACAGCAGUCCUCCCCACAUUAGUCUAAAGACAGCGGAACUCCCCAUAAUGGUCUAAAGACUUUAUUCCUCCUCAUAUUGUUCUAAAAACAGCAGCCGCCCUCGAAUCGGUCUAAAGACAGCAGUACACAUUGAAAUGGGUUGAAAAUCGAUCCGCCACACUUCCCUGACACAAUUUGUAGUUUUUUUCCUUUGCCAAGUUAUAAAAAAAAAUAUCAGUCCAAAUUCCCUCAAGUUUUCCCAUAGUAAUUUGUUACUAGGCAGUAUUUACUUGCUGAUAAAAAUAUGCAUUUUUUAAAAAAGUCUUAAUGUCUUAAUUCACAACUGGUCCUUUAAAUUUCAGGCAUCAUAAGAGCACACCAGACUAGCGUCGAUUCGCAGUUCCUUGGAGUGGAUCAUCAAGAUCCCAGCGACCCCAAUGGGGUGCCACUUCAUAUUUGCGUCUCCUGCGGGGAUGAAUUUGACAGCCAGUCACAGCUGAUGGCCCAUCAGAAGGUAUGUGAUGAAUCUGCCCAUCAGAAGCUGUGUCCUGAACCUGCCCAUCAAAAGGAAUGCGAUGACUCUGCUGAUCAGAAAAUGUCAGAAGAAUCGUCUCAAUCAGCAGCCACCAACAAAUUAACUCCGAGCUUCAUGAGUGAAAAAGAUGGGUUUGAUGCGGAACAAGCACUACAAAGAGAUGAUGGGGAAAAUGGUUUUGAUCCCAAACCCAUCUCUUCAAAGCCUGAGAGACUUCCAUUUUGGCCAGUCCUCAAGGAAGACCCAGGUUUUAAGGGAAAAAACUCUCACAAAAUUUCACGGAGCAGAGAAAGAAAAAUGAAAUCACAUAAUCAAAGCAAAUCCUUUACAUCUGACAUUGAACAAUGCAGGGGUGGAGAUGACAGGGUUGUGUCAAAUUUAGCUAGGAAUCAAAACAAUACAGACAUUACCAGUAAUCAGUUAGGUACCGGAAAAUUGGUGGAAUGUCCAAAUGAAAUACAACUAUGGUCAAAUGUGCUAAGUCCUGCUGAGGAAUUCUCCAGUGAGGACAAUCAAAGCUCGUCGAGUGAUGAACUUGUUCAUGAACUCUCCGGUUCACCUAUGAGCCCACGGCAGAGUUCAUUUCUCAAUGACACCAACAACAAUGACAUACGUGACUUGUCCGCUGUUUUCAACGAUGACAGCACUGGUGAUGAAAUCGAUGUGGUUAAUGACGCAAUGGAGGACAGGCCAAUCAUCAGAAGGGUCAUGUCUGAUGAGGGUCCAAAGUGUGGGCCCACGCCAGUUCAAUUCCCUGUUCCAUUUGCUUCUAUAACCUCGCUGGCCAAUAAAAUCCUCAAUGAUCGAAAUCAAAAUGGGAGAUCACUGCUGGGAAAUCUGAAAUGUCAAAUCUGCGAUCAGCAUUUCAACGAAAGAAAGCACCUGGCCAAACAUUGGAAAUACAUUCACGGCAUGGAACACGAGAACGGAAGUCAACAGAGUUCCAAGAAGCCAGCCGCAGAGGGUGGGACGUUCUUAGAAAAUGAAGCCGUUGAUACAAGGCAGCAUGGGUCAAAUAAAAAAAUGAAUGAUGAAGUCAGCAAUGGGCAGGAAUCUGGGGGUUUUCAUAAUGUGUGCAAACCUGAAUGCCACUUUGUGAAUGGAGGAGUCAAAGAGUCCAUUGAAGAGUUGAACCCGGACGUGAUGAAACAGCUCCUCCGUCAGUACAACUACUACAACGAGUUCACAAAAUGGUGCUUUGAGCAGGGGACAGUGUUCUGUCAAGUGUGCAUGAUGUACCAUGCCAAAGGAAGCAUGUGUCCCAAGUCAGGUUUAGAACAGAAAACCGACCAGGUGAUCUCAACCUGUAAUGACCAAGGCUUUGAAUUAAAGCCAGCUAAAUGCAAUGAUCAAAAUGAGUCGGAGAAUGAUAAAUGUAACAGUAAGGAAGGCUCUGGUGAAGAAGACGGACCCCUUGACAUGAGUCAAAGCUCUCAGAAGUACACAGCAGCUUGUAAAGGGGCUAAGUUUUCGGUCAACCAUUCCAGUACAAACACACCUUUUGUGCCUUUAAGCCAGGACCUGUCGCAGUACUACAACAACUACGCACACAUCAUGGCUGCCGCCGCGGCUGGUAACAUCCAGGACAGAGGUCAUUAUGGACUCCUCUACCCUGAUGCCCAUUCCCAGCCCAGGACUCUGGAUUUCCCCAGCGAGUCGAUGUAUCCGCCCUACUUCAGCUAUCCCACCGCCUCCCCCUAUCCAUUAAACUUAGCCUCAGAUAAUCCCAGGGAGUCCUCCAGGCACCCCCAAUCGACUGCCCACAACAACAGUACAGCGAAUCAUUCUCCUCCUUCCAAAAGGAAAGUCUCAUCCAAGCAAGGGUUCCCAUGCACUGUUUGCAGCCGAGUCUUCUCCUACCAGGCAGCUCUGUUUACACACAUGCGUACACACUCCCCAUCAGCACGGCUGUACCAGUGCACACUGUGUCACCAGAACUUUGCCAGGGCGCCUGACCUCAAGGUUCACGUGUGUCCCAAUGGCAUCGAGAAGCCUUACACGUGCUCCAGCUGUGGCCAGACUUUUGCUAAGAACAUCCACCUGAAGCGCCACCUGGCGACUCACUCUGGGCUCAAGCCCUACCCUUGCUGGGUGUGCGGGAAGAGGUUCAGCCGCAGCGACCACCUCAAAAGGCACACACAAAGCAUACAUGCGGGCACCAGGCCACACGGGUGCCAGGUUUGCGGUAAAGAAUUUGUCAGGAAGUAUGAGCUCAACAAGCACAUGAUGAGCCACACAGUGGAGCAGCUGAGGCUCACCGGGGAGCAGCCCAGCAGCACACCGGGUGCCUUGGACUUUGGUCAAUCCAUGGACACCAUCAGCAGCAGUCAGCUGAGUCAGCAUUCCAGUCCUACAAACAGUAGCAUGUCCUGAUCCAA